GAAACAAAUAUGAAUAUUAGCCAAAUUAUUUCCUACUGGGGCUAUCCUGAUGAAGAGUAUAAUAUUGUAACUGAAGACGGUUAUAUCCUUGGCCUUUAUAGAAUUCCUUAUGGGAAAACAAACAAUAACAACAAUUCAGUUCAGAAGCUUGUUGUAUACUUACAACAUGGUUUGCUCACAUCUGCCAGCAACUGGAUAUCUAAUCUUCCCAACAAUAGUCUGGGCUUCAUUCUGGCAGAUGCUGGUUAUGAUGUGUGGAUGGGAAAUAGCAGAGGAAAUACGUGGUCCAGGAAACACUUGUAUCUGGAAACGAGUUCCAAAGAAUUCUGGGCUUUCAGUUUUGAUGAGAUGGCAAAAUAUGACCUUCCGGCCUCCACUGAUUUCAUCAUGAAGCAAACGGGACAAGAGGAAAUGUUUUAUGUAGGCCAUUCACAGGGCACUACUAUUGGUUUCAUAACAUUUUCCACAAUACCAAAGAUAGCUGAAAGAAUCAAAAUAUUUUUUGCCUUAGCACCAGUUUUCUCCAUUAAAUUUAAAAGCCCUUUAAUUAAGAUGACAUACAAAUGGAAGUCAUUAGUCAAGGGUUUUUCUGGCAACAAAGACUUCUUACCUAAAACCUCAUUUAACAAAUUUAUUGGUUCAAAGCUGUGUUCACUACAGAUUUUUAAUAAGCUUUGCCUUGAUACCUUGCUUAUGAUGUUUGGAAAUGACCCAAAGAACUUAAAUAUGAGUCGUUUGGAUGUGUAUUUUUCACACAACCCAGCAGGAACAUCUGUUCAAAAUAUGGUCCACUGGAGUCAGCUUUUAAAUUCUACUCACUUGAAAGCUUUUGACUGGGGCAGGCCUGAUCUAAACUUGAUUCAUUUUAAUCAGACAACUCCUCCAUCGUACAAUGUGACAAAUAUGAAUGUGGCAGUUGCAACUUGGAAUGGUGAAAGUGACUUGUUGGCUGACCCUGAAGAUGUUAAAAUUUUACAUUCUAAAAUCAAAAACCACAUUUACCAUAAAACUAUUUCUUACUACAAUCAUAUUGACUUUUUGUUUGGAUUAGAUGUCUAUGAUCAAGUUUACCAUGAAAUCAUUGAUAUUAUCCAAGACAAUCUAUAAUGAACUAUGGCAUUCUGUGUUUAAGGAUCUAUAUUAUUGCUAUUAAAAUCCAAUUAUU